AUGGCGGUUCAAACAAGAUGUCUUACAACGAACGUCUUUACUGAAGUUUAUAAAUAUAUUGAAGAUUCACAUAAUUCUUGGUUAACUUCUCAUCAUUCUGAAGCGCAACCCACUCACAUUGAUCAAAUCCCUACAGCUGUUUUAUUAGCUGGCGUUAACACCCCAGAUCAUUCAGUUAUUUAUGGUCAUCUUAAAAACCUAGUGUUGGAAAAUCAUGGGCAUGUCGCUAUCAUUAGUCCUGGCGCGAAUGUGACUAGCGUACGCAGUCUAGUCUCCUUAGUAGUGCAACAGUUAUCAAAUGACUCCUUUCAAGGUACUUGGUGUGUGAAGGAUAGCGAUGAUGAUCAUGAGGAGCUUCCAGGAAUAUCCAUAACCUCUUCGUUGAAAAAUUUUACUCCGUCUACGCGUUCCUCGUAUUUGGCUUUAAUAGAAUGGUAUUACUCAAGAAUUCAACAGUGUACUGAUACUAAUUUGUCUGGAUCGCCUAAAUUCAAAACACCAGCACCACCUACAACACCUCGUGGUAGUGGUCGUACACCGCGCAGUGUCAGUCAACCUAGACUACUCUCCACCAAAUUACAACAGCCGUAUCCUGAUUCACCUAGACCUGUUACACCAAGAGGAGGAGGAAGAGGCAGAAGAAGUUCACGAUUCAGUAGUCACCGGUCUACUUCACAUGAUCUCGACGAUAUCAAACAACAAGACAGUGUACCAAGUACUCCAGAUAUGGAAAAAAAUAUUUCUAUCCAAAGGCUAAGACCAUCAUCUCUUAAACCAUUAGUUAUUAUCUUUACAGAGAUUGAAUCCAUUCCUAUUCAAGUGUUGUGUGAUUUCAUUGAAUUGACUUCCUUUUAUUUCACUGGACGAAUAAAAGGUCGUGAAUAUGCUUUGCCGAUAAAUUUUGUUUUCGGUUUGUCUACAACACCUGAAAUGGUAUUUGAAUCAAGAAUUAAUGCGUCUACAUUAAGUCGAUUGACAAUUCGACGAUUUGCUGUUCCACCACCGUCUGCAUUUCUUGAAGUUGUUAUGAAAGAGAUUAUACACUUCCCUGGUGUACAUCCUACAUAUUCUAUCCUUAGUUACUUGGUUGAUGGAAUAUUUCUUUGCUUAGAUUAUUCUGUAAAGAAUUUUCUACAACGUUUAAAGUUUUGUAUAUUAGAACAUUAUCUGAAGACACCACAUCCUGAAUUGUUGUUAUUACCAUUGGAUGGUGUACGUCAAUAUCUUUCCUCAUUGGAUUCUAAAAGUCUAGCACAAAUUGUCUCUAUUGAUUAUCCUUCACUAGCGAAUUCUGUAUUGAACACAGAUGCCAAUGUUGCUGCUGCUUCUACGUCUCCAGCACCACCAACAACACCAAUAACUUCUGCCUCGUCAUCAUCACCAUCAUCAACAACAUCAUCUUGUCAAUCUCCACGUUCCCGUGAACGUAAAACAUCACAUCAUUCUGCUAGUCGCCUAAUUGAUAAAAUUAUACAACACUUAGAAGCACAUUUAAAACUGCAAUAUUUAGUCCCGCGUGUUUUGAAUUGGUUAUUGAUUAUUAUAUCACCGGUAACUGUACGACCAUUGGGGAAAAAUGUAAGUUGUUAUACAUAUAUUUAUGUCUUUAAAUAUGCCCAUUAUUAA